GUCUUAUCUUCUACCGAUAAGAUGGCUGCCUAUUUUACUGAUUGAGAAAAUGGCGGAGGCGUAGAAUCAAAAAUGGCGGAAAAAUCAAUACAGUUCGUAAUAAAUGUAAUAAAUACGAAUUUACCCCUUCUUAAAUUUUUAUAAUAAAAAAAAAAAAAAAGUAGUUUCUAGUACAAAUUAGUAGAAUUUAUUACAAAGUAAUAGAAGCAAUAAUUAAAAAAAUAACUAAGUAGUGAAAAAAAAGUACUUAUGGAUUUAAUGAGUCAUUAAAUGUUGUCCAAUUACUAUGGACUUAUUUUUAAUGUUAAUUCUGGCUGUGUUUAUAUUUGUAUGUGGAAUAAUAUGUACGUUAGUUAUAGAAUUUUAUAUAUUGAAAAAAUAUUUCGAAUAUGGUCCGGCAUCAAAAUUGACAGAAAAAAUAACAACGUCAUAUGGAAAAGCCGAAUUACCUGACGAAUUGAUUAAAUCAAUAAACGAUGAGCUUAAAGAAAAAACAAGCUCGUCGUCUACUGGCACUAGGGGACACUAUCCGUCUCAGGGUAAUGAAAACUUGGCAAUUAAUUUGACUCUCCAGUUUUUAUUCAAUGAACUUAAAAAUGCUGAGCGGGUCAGGCUGUGGUUAUACAGAAAGUUGAAUAAUGAGUUCAAGGAAUUGUUGACGCAGACAACUACUGGAAGGUUGUUUGACAGUGUUCAGCUCCGAGAUCUGAACCUCGGCAGCCAGUUUCCAACGAUCAAAGGUCUUGAAGUAGCAGCCGCGGUGAUUGACAAAGACACUGGACUCCUCGAAACCUUAGACCUGGCCUUAGACCUUCACUACUCCGGGAACUUCCAGCUUUCAAUAGACGUAAAAAUGCUUUUGGGUAAAACCGCAUAUCUAUUUCUUCAAGUAAAGCAGAUUUCAGGCAAAGCACGUCUGCAAUUCACCCGAAUCCCUUACACCCACUGGUCCCUUAGUUUCUACACGGAGCCCGUCCUCGAACUCGAAGUCCAGUCUCAUUUCCAAGGCCGUCAGCUUCAACCUCAAAUAGUUUCUCUUAUAAUCGGUCAAAUUAGACGAGCAAUUCGUCGCAAACACACGUUACCUCGUUAUAAAAUGCGAUACAAGCCAUUUUUCCGUCGCCUAAACGACGAGGACAUUGACCUGACUGACGUAGUCAAUGUCCAGCUUACUCCAGGACACCUAGAUGUCGUUCUGGUUGAAAUCAGCCGCCUCAAUCUGGCCCAGAGUAAUCUGACCCUCGACGAUUUAUCUCUAGUCGAAAUUUACUGUACCAUUAGCGUCGAUUCCACUCCCUGGGUCUACUUAACUCAAUAUGGCGGCGUUCCUUACAUGGUCCUCGACUUGAUUAUCAGCAAGACGACAAAUCAUCAACUAGGAGUCGUUUUCAAGCAAGAAACGGUACCAGAAAUUGGCCAAAAUUGUGUUGUAGUUGAAAAUAUUGUCACUGGAAGUCCAGCGGCGAUUGCUGAAAUGCGCAAGGGAGACAUUUUGGUAUCAGUUGAUGGUAAAAAAGUUUCAAAUAUGAAUCAAGUUGGGAAAUUUGUUAAAAAUGCUGCUCAAAGACGUUUUAUUAUAAGAGUUGAACGUAAAUAUUUAAAAAUUGACUUGGAUCGAUUCAAUUGUGGAUUAAAAUCUGAAGAUGAUGGACUACAUCAUCAUUUUCCAGCAACUGCGCAUACGUCAAAUGUCACUGCGCAGCCAUAUCAUGGUAACAUGGCGCCAUUUUGUGUUACUGCACAUGGAUUAGGAAAAGGAAGUAAACAUGAGCCACAAAUAAAAUUUUCUGAUUUAAAAGAACAUCAUUCGGAUAAUGAGACUCCGAUGGAGCGAGGAGACACGGGAAUUAAAUUAUUCCGUCGACGCAAAAGCAGCGUCCAUGUACCUGAAGACUCACCGGCACUUGAGCCAUUGAGUAGACGAAUAUCGACGAUAAGCAACCAGUCGACUGGAUCGAGCAACGCUUGGUCCGACGAGCCAUUGACGAUAAAUGAUCUCACCUCGAUGACCAAAGAGAAGGCUUACGCCUCGACGAUAACCUUCGAGGAGACGAGAACCUUUCAGAUUGAGUCCGAGUUCCAGUACUUGAACGUCGGAGUCUGGGCGAGACAUAGGGGAGGUGAUACGGCGCCGAAAAUUGUCGGGUAUCUUAAUGUGCCUAUGAAACUGGUGCUGAGUCAGUGCUCAACCUCCACCACGGGAUUUUAUUUGAAACCGCAUCCGCUGCUUCCACCGGACACAGCUUCAUUUGCAACACUUAAUUCUAAAUUACAAGGAUACUCAGGAUUUGAUCCAAGUCUGUGUUAUGGUGACAUUUUGUUGUCUUACCGAUGGACAUCUAGUCAAUCGAAACGUCGCAAUGCCAGUGGAGAUUCGAGUAAAAAAGAAGAAGUUAAAAACACUGCAGCUUUUGCUGGUGGUGAUACUGCUGAUAAAAAAAGCCAUGAUUUUAUACGCACGCAUUUUCAUCGUGCGACUCACUGUGAUUUCUGUUCAAAAAAGAUCUGGCUAAAAGACGCAACUCAGUGCCGAGACUGUGGAAUGGUCUGUCACAAAAAAUGUCAAACCCGCUGCCAAACCUCAACCGCCUGCGGAGCCGAAAGUCUAACAAAUUUAGCGUUCGAAGUCGACGAGCUGACGACUGAGGGCUCAGCGAAUUCUUCGCUUAGCGGAGACAUAAAUCCCGAAAUAUCAUUAACAAGUUGUGAUGAAAACGUUCAGGGAGUGGCUGUGAAGGCUUCUGCGAUAGCUAACACCUUGCUGGGACUUAAGAAAGCCGGUAGUACCAGUAACUUGGCCCCACCGACGUCUUCAGGUGGCUUGGGCUCACGCAGUCUCCCGCCAAGUCCUUGUGCCAGUCGUAAGAAUUCAUUAGUAGGUGGAUUAGGAAUAAGUCCAGAUUUACUUGAAGGGGCAGAACCGAGUGUAGCAAGUCCUCUUAUAGCUGGAGAUUUAAAUGACGGUCUAAUGUCUCAUGCCAAAGAAACGGGUAAAUUUUUGUACUGUGACCUGGAGCCAAAUGAGCGAAUUGAAAAAUUGAAUUUUAUGAUGGGAAAAUUGAAAGCUGCAUUGGACGUGGAAACAAAUUCUAGACACGAAUUGUCACAGUCAAAUGACUCUGACAGUGGAAAAUUAAUUGCACAGAGUGAUUUACGUGUUCAAGCACUUUCUGUAUUACUGUUACACUAUUGUGCGGGCCUACAACAUGCCCAAGAGUUCAAAAAAACGGCCUAAAAUUAUAAAAUGCUUUUUCGUCAAUUUUAAAAAAUAAAUAUGUCAAUUGCAAAUAAUAAUUGCACUGUUGCACCAAAGAACACCAAAUAUAAGCUUUAUAAAAUAUUGUGUUUAUGCACAUUGUAAAAAAUAUUAAAUGU